UUUAAACAGACGAAAUUCCUCAAAAUGAGCCAAUUUGAAGAAGAACAGAAGGUAGUCGAGCAAGCUGAAGGAUACGAGUUUUACUACAAAUUAGUUGCUAAAUUACAGGGGAAAUACUACUCGAUUUACGACCCGACUGUAGAAUAUGAACUUAACACAGAACUUUAUGAGAAAGCCCAACCUGGGCAUGGCGGAGGGUACUAUGUUUACGCCACACCUAAAGAAGCUAUCUUUGCAGAUAUCCCCUUUAAGGAAGGCGGGCUCUAUAUGGCCCCAAGAACUGUACUUAAAGUCAAAGCAUGGGGUGAUUUUGUAAUCUACGAUAACGGAAAGAUGAGCUUCUCUUAUAUAGUUCCUGUAGCUGAUCUGGGAAUCCCUAGAGGCUACAAGUCAACUAGAGCUGCCUGGAGAGCCUCUAUUCAAGCUGAAGAUGAAGCUUCAGGAAGAGUCCAGAGAAGACCUCGACCAGCAACAAGAUUGAACCCUGAAGAUAACCCAGAUUUCUAUUUCCAAAGAAGAGAAAGGAAUGCAAGAAGACCAAGAAGACAGAGAAGGCCAGUCGUUUCAGAGCCGUCUGUAGUCACAGAUGAAGAGCAGGCAUCUGCUUACAGAAAUAUGGACCUUGGACUUGAGCCUGACGAUAUCUUAGGCGGAGAUGUAGGCAUUGACCAUGACGAUAUCAUGAACGAUGUCCAGAGCCGUUUCCAAGAAAUGCUCCGAAGACUUGAAAUGGAGCCUUAG